AUGUCUUUACAGACCUUGGCCGGCGCUUGGCCGGCGUCGCUACUGCUGCUGAGCCACUUGGUGCUCGGCCAAGUGUUUAUUGGCAGCAACAGUGACGAGAGCAGCAUUCCGCUCACGCUCCCGGCGCCCGAGAAAAUCUCAAGUCAGUGCAACUCGACCUUUUCCACGCGCCUGACAUGCGACACGACGCUGCCGCGCAUGGCCUACGGCGGCUACUUCCCCGACACGGAGGAGCUGACGCACAUGUGUCAAACCGACUGCCUUCAGGCGCUCGAGUCGCUGCGUCAAGCGCAAACAAGCCAGUGCGCCGACGACGUCUUGGUGGUCGACGGCCAGCCUGCGCUCGUGACCGUCUCGGUCGACACCAUGAUGUGGGUGUACAACUACACGUGCCGCCGUGACGCGCAAACGGGUGACUUUUGCGCCCCCAUCUUCGACGCGUGGGCCAGCGACACCAGCAGCGAAGGCGAGCCAAGUGACGGCAGCAGCUGCUCUGACUGCGUGCUUGGCACCUACCAGCUGCAGCUUGGAUAUGCGUACGGCUACGACGAGGAGCUGGCCGCGAGCUUUAGUGCCCUGACGUCGUCUUGCGGGGCUACGGGCUAUCCCGUCACGUCGCCAUCGGCCAUCUACCUGACGGCCAAUCCCACAAGCACGGCCACUCCAACAAGCACAAGUCCGGAGCCGGAGAAGUCUUGCGUCAGCACCUACACUGUCCAAGCCAGCGAUGCCGACUGCCACUCCAUCGCCGUGGCCCAGGGCGUAUCCCUCAACCAGAUGCUCUACUUCAACAACCUCCAGGCAGGCUGCGCCGACUUCCCCACCGCGGCCGGGACGCAGCUCUGUAUGCCGCACACGUGCGAGACGUACACGGUGCAGCAAAACGACACGUGCGCGGGGUUGGUGCAGCAGUUCGGAUACGUCUUCACCCAGUCACAACUCGUGGCGUGGAACGUCGACAUCAGCCGCGGCUGCGACAACCUCGAACUGCUCGUGGGCGCGCGGAUCUGUGUCAGCUUCCCAGGGGACGUAGCCAGCACGACCACGACACGCCCGCCGCAGUCGGCAACCGUGGCACCCAUCCCAACCAACGUCGUCGACGGCACCAACACGCGCUGCAGCCGCUACUACGAAGUCAAGCUCGACGACACGUGCGCGUCCGUGUCGACCAACCAGGGCAUCGCGCUGCAAGACUUUUACUUCCUGAACCCCGAGCUCAACACGACGUCGUGCAGCAACCUGUUCCUGGGGUACAGCUACUGCGUGGCUGCCGUGGGCGAUAUCAGCACUUACUCGGGCUACCUCGGCGGCAGCGGCCCCACGAACCCCUGUGUGGGCGGCACAACUGUGGCCGAAGCGUCCAGCUGUUAUGCCACCACGUACGCAACCACGGAUGCGUGGACGUUCCCCGUCCUCAACACCACUGCCACCACCACCGCGGCGGCCAGCAACUGGACUUCGAUCCCCGUGACCCCCGUCGCCACCUAUCCCGUCACCCAGUCCGCCGAGCCGACGCCCACGCCGCACCAGGCCCAGAUGGCGAGCGGCUGCACCGACUUCUACAAGGUCGUCGACGGCACAACGUGCGCGGCCAUCCUGGACGGCUUCGCCAUCACCUUUGCCGACUUCUACGCUUGGAACCCCGACGUGGGCGACAACUGCCAGUUCCUGCAGCUCGAUGUCUAUGUCUGUGUCUCGCAUGGUUCGGCCUCAACAGCCACGGCAACCACCAAGACAACCAGCGCAACGACCACAAGCAGCGGCGCUCCAGCACCGCCUGGCCCGACGCAGGCUGGCAUUCCGGCCGAUUGCAACAAGUGGAUCUUGCAGCAGGACGGUGUGUAUUGUUAUGACAUGGCCAGUAACGCCGGCAUCGGCCUGGCGUGCCUGUACGAGCUGAACCCGGCGCUGAACACGGAUGCCGGCGAGUGCCAGGGUUUGUGGCCGGGGUAUGCGUAUUGUGUGGGAACGAAGGGGGGUGCGUGUUCAUGA